GCCGCGCCGCGCGCUCCGCCCCGCGCGCUCCCCCCGCGGACCCCCGCGCCCGCCGCCGCGAUGCUGCAAGAAACUUCUUAAAUGACCGCGUCCGGCCGGCCGGCCCCGCGGGGAGCGUCGCGGGCUUGGGGCGAGGAAGGGGGGAAAAAAAAAGAAGAAAAAAAGAAAAAAAAAAGGAAAGUGGAAAAAAACUGAGAACUUCCUGAUCUCGCUCGCCGUGAGACAUGUCUGAGACUCCUGCUCAGUGUAGCAUUAAGCAGGAGCGGGUGUCCUACACACCUCCGGAGAGCCCCGUGUCCAGCUACGUGCCGCACGUGCCCCACUACGGCGCCUCCACGCCGCUUCAUGUCCCAGUGCCCCGCCCGCUCAGGAUGGAGGAAGAGUCGAUCCGCCUGCCUGCGCACCUGCGCUUGCAGCCAGUUUACUGGAGCAGGGAUGACGUAGCCCAGUGGCUCAAGUGGGCUGAAAGUGAGUUUUCUCUAAGGCCCAUCGACAGCAACACGUUUGAGAUGAAUGGCAAAGCGCUCCUGCUGCUGACCAAAGAGGACUUCCGCUACCGAUCUCCUCAUUCAGGCGAUGUUCUGUAUGAACUCCUUCAGCAUAUUCUGAAGCAGAGGAAACCUCGGAUUCUCUUCUCGCCUUUCUUCCAUCCCGGAAACUCUCUCCACACCCAGACGGAAGUCCUGCUGCAUCAGAACCACGAGGAAGAGAACUGCCUGCAGCGGACCCCGCGGGCCUCCGUGGAGAGCGCACAGCACAACCCGCCCACCAUCGAACUCUUGCACCGGUCCCGCUCGCCCGUCACCAACCACCGGCCCUCGCCCGACCCUGAGCCGCGGCCCCUGCGCUCACCCCUCGACGGCAUGAUCCGCCGCCUCUCCCCGCCCGAGAGGGCCCCGGGCGCCGCGAGGCUUCACCAGGAGAACAACCACCAGGAGUCCUACCCGCUGUCCGUGUCUCCCAUGGAGAACAACCACUGCCCGCCGUCCUCGGAGCCCCACCCGAAGCCGUCCUCCAGCCCCCGGCAGGAGAGCACCCGCGUCAUCCAGCUGAUGCCCAGUCCCAUCAUGCACCCCCUGAUCCUCAACCCCCGGCACUCGGUGGAUUUUAAGCAGUCCCGCCUGUCCGAGGACGGGCUGCACCGGGAGGGGAAGGCCAUCAACCUGUCCCACCGGGAGGACCUGGCCUAUAUGAACCACAUCAUGGUCUCCGUCUCGCCGCCCGAGGAGCACGCCAUGCCCAUCGGGAGGAUAGCAGACUGCAGGCUGCUUUGGGAUUACGUCUAUCAGUUGCUGUCUGACAGCCGGUACGAAAACUUCAUCCGAUGGGAGGACAAAGAAUCCAAAAUAUUCCGGAUAGUGGAUCCCAAUGGACUGGCGCGACUGUGGGGAAACCAUAAGAACAGAACAAACAUGACCUAUGAGAAAAUGUCCAGAGCCCUGCGCCACUACUACAAACUAAACAUUAUCAGGAAGGAGCCAGGACAAAGGCUUCUGUUCAGGUUCAUGAAAACCCCGGAUGAGAUCAUGAGUGGCCGGACCGACCGCUUAGAGCAUCUGGAGUCUCAGGAGCUGGACGAACAGAUUUACCAGGAGGAUGAGUGCUGAGAAACCCACCCAGCACCUCCCGGGAUCGCUGGCCGCGGGCCCAAAUGGCAGCAGGCAGGCUGAGGAGAGGAGAAGAAGCCACACUUACCUUGCAUCCCAGGAGGGACCCCAGAGCACCUUAAGACAAACCCCCUGACCCUGCUGAGGCGCCGCGCGGAGGGCAAGAGCCUGGGACUCGCACUGGCCGGUUCCUUGUCACCUGGAAUCUCACCCUGGUCACUUCUCCGCCCCCACCCCUCCCGCCUGUCUUUA